AUGCUGGAAGAGCCAGAAGAAGCCACGAGCACAAGACUGUGCGAACAAAAGACAAGAGAAGACGAACCUCCCAACGGCGGCUACGGCUGGAUCUGCGUCGCAGCCAUUGCAACGCUCAACGGGCACACGUGGGGCCUCAAUUCAUCGUACGGCGUCUUCCUCGCCCACUACCUCUCGCACAACAUCUUCCCCGGCGCAACUCGGCUGCAAUACGCAUUCGUCGGCGGCCUCUCGAUUUCACAGGCUCUCAUCGUGUCGCCAGUUGCUACACUGACUACGAGGUGCUUUGGUACGCGGACGACUCUCUUCAUCGGUGUGGCGCUGGAAACGGUGUCGUUCAUUGGUGCGAGCUUUGCGUCGCGCAUCUGGCAUCUGUUUCUCACACAAGGGAUUUGCUUUGGGUGGGGCAUUGGCUUCUUGUUCGUGGGGUCGGUGGGUAUCACGCCGCAGUGGUUUAGCACACGCAGGUCGCUUGCGAAUGGGUGUUCGGCGGCAGGAUCGGGCUUGGGAGGUUUGGUGUAUUCGCUUGCUGCCCAGGCCAUGAUUCGGAGUAUAGGCUUGCCUUGGGCAUUUCGCACCCUGGGACUGGUCUCGUUCGUGGUGAAUACCGUUUGCGCCUUGCUGAUUCGAGAUCGGAAUCAGCAGGUGGGUAGUCGGCAGAUUGGGUUUGACUAUCGGCUUUUCCGCAAAGUGCAGUUUGUGGGGUUGUUGGCGUUUGGGUUUUUGUCGAUGCUGGGGUAUGUGGUGUUGUUGUUUUCGCUGCCGAAUUAUGCGCGGACGGUGGGGUUGAGUGCGCAGCAAGGAAGUGUUAUUGGGGCUAUUUUCAACUUGGGGCAGGCGAUUGGGAGACCGCCUAUUGGGUACUUUUCAGAUUCCAUUGGGAGGUUGAACAUGGCGAGUAGUAUGACGUUCUUGAGUGGGCUGUUUUGUCUGGUCAUAUGGAUGUUUGCGAAGAGCUUUGGCGUACUCGUCUUUUACAGUCUGGUCGGUGGAAUGGUAGCGGGGACAUAUUGGGCUGUGGCUGGCCCGAUCACGACGGAAGUUAUGGGAUUGAAGGAUCUGCCGAGUGCGUUGAGUAUCACUUGGUUGGUAUUGGUCUUGCCUACUACUUUCUCUGAAGCCAUUGGCCUGGAAGUUGUAACGUUCAAUGGUGGUUCUUAUACCGGUGCCAUUAUGUUCACAGGAUGGAUGUAUAUUGGCGCGGCUGUCUUCUUGUGGCUGGUGCGAGCAUGGAAGAUUGGCCAAGAUGAAGUGCUGGCGGCUGGGACUGAGAAGAACGAUGAUGGCUCUGCGGCUGGCGUCGGGACCACGGAAAGAAGAAGCCCUUUUAUGACGAGGGUGUUCAUGAUUAGGAAAGCCUAA